UAAGAAAAUAAGUUUUCUUCUAUACUCUGAAGCUUAAUAUGCCACUAAAACCUAAACAAGCGUACUGGAACAUUGUCUAAUUUCCCUAUUAAGCUCCUCUAUAAUGUACCUAACAUGGCCUUCGUUCAAUAACAUAAGGCUCCUACUCAUGGCAUUUAUGCCUGUUGUGAUAUUCUACUUAAUCUGGCUGGUGAAUACGUCGGAAAGCAUUCGCAGUGAAGAGGGUACUUUACUCGACCUCGUGUGUUGGCCAGAUGGAAAUGCAAUACCAGUUAUUAUCACUUGUGCUUCUAUUAUUGCUGUUGUUAUCGAAACCUACGGUCUGUACCAACUGUUCAAAGCUGGUUUACCAAAGCGAGAGUACAAUGUGACAAACGGCCUAUUCUAUUACGUCUGGGCGCUUAUUAUCAUGAUAAUCAUAUUCCUAGCGAUCAUGUUUUAUUCUGGCCUACAAUCAACUAUAAUUAGAGCAAAAAUAAAGGGUGGUAUAACAAAAGCGAUGCUGCGCUAUUCUAGCCACCUGCCGUCAAAAGUGGCGAUCGAUCGGCUGCAGACGAGGUUCCAUUGCUGUGGACGGGUCUCCUACCAGGAGUGGUUCUACAUCCCUUGGUAUACUACUAGAGAAAAAGUCGAUACGAACAAAUUAUUUCCGCAUAAGUUCGUAGCGGAUAACGUUCCUUACAGCUGUUGUUCGUUGGACUCACUGUGUCCCUGUAUACACCACGGUGUUACAAAGAAUAAUACCAUUUAUAAGUAUAAUCCUGCC